AGAUCGAGCUUAGACGCAUCAACAAUAAUAAUCAAUCCAAGUCGAGAAGCUGCAAGCAGAGUUUCAAGGUUGAAAGAAAUGGCCGGCUCAGGCAUUCCCACAGUUGAUCUGUCUCCUUUCUUUAGUAGCAAUGGUGAUCAGGGAGACAAGAAGAAGAAAUUAGCAAUGGACGCAAUUUACCAGUCUUGUUUAGAGCAUGGGUUCUUCCGUAUUGGGAACCAUGGGGUGCCACUCGACCUGAUGAACCGUGCCCUCCAACUCUCCAAGACAUUUUUUGAGUACCCUGAUGAGGAAAAGCUCAAGUUUAGUCCUGUAUCUGCUGCACCUCUUCCUGCUGGUUACAAUAGGCAGCCUCAAAACUCACCGGACAAGAAUGAGUACUUGCUCCUCUUUCCACCCAACUCUGGCUUCAAUAUCUACCCCCAAAACCCACCGGAAUUCAGGGAAGUAUUGGAAGAGAUUUUCUCCCACUUAACCAGAACUGGAAUGCUUGUAGAGAGCAUCUUAAAUGAGUGCUUGGGUCUCCCUCCCAACUUCCUUAAGGAAUACAAUCAAGAUAGGAGCUGGGAUUUCAUGGCAGCUUUGCGUUAUUUCCCGGCAACUGAAGUAGAGAGUAAUGGUAUCUCGGAACAUGAAGAUGGGAAUUUGAUCACAUUUGUGUUUCAAGACGAAGUUGGUGGCCUAGAAGUUCUCAAAAAUGGAGAAUGGAUUCCUGUAACUCCAGUUGAAGACACCAUUGUUGUCAAUCUAGGCGAUGUCAUUCAGGUGUUGAGCAACAAAAAAUUUAAGAGUGCUACUCACAGAGUGGUGAGAAGAGAAGAAAGAAGCAGAUUCUCGUAUGCAUAUUUCUAUAACUUGCAAGGAGACAAGUGGGUGGAACCAUUAUCACAGUUCACCAAAGAGAUUGGAGAGCCACCAAAGUACAGAGGAUUCCAAUACAAAGAGUAUCAGCAGCUGAGGAUGAGAAACAUGACCCAUCCACCCUCACGACCUGAAGAUGUUAUAAACAUUACCCACUAUGAAAUAUCCACCUAGUCACUCAUCUUCUUUUUCUCCCCCGCCUCCCUCAGUAUUUCUGGUUUCCGAUCUCCUCCCUUUAAUAAUGUACCCCAUUCCCCCCUGGGCAAAAAUCAUAUUCCAUUUGUGUUUGAGUUCUUCUG